CAGUAGAAGAAUAAUUUCAUAAAGUAAACAUUUGAGAAAGUGUUUUAAAGUGAAAUAAAAUGAAAAAUAAUUCAUAUUUGUGCUAUAAUUAAUUUAGUUUUCAAUUGUAAAAAAUUGGAAAAUUUUCCGUAAAUAAAGGAAACUUGCCAAGAUGCCAAGCGAAAUAAUAACUUUACAACUAGGACAGUGCGGUAAUCAGAUUGGUUUUGAAUUUUGGAAACGUUUGUGUCUGGAGCAUGGCAUUUCACCUAGUGGAGUGUUAGAGGAUUUUGCUACAGAUGGUGUUGAUCGCAAGGAUGUAUUCUUUUACCAGGCUGACGAUGAUCAUUAUAUACCACGUGCCGUUCUUUUGGAUUUGGAGCCGCGAGUUAUACACACCAUUAUGAGUUCACCCUAUGCCAAGUUAUACAAUCCCGAAAAUGUUUACUUGUCUAAACAUGGUGGUGGUGCCGGCAACAAUUGGGCUUCUGGCUAUAGUCAGGGUGAAAAGUUACAAGAGGAAAUUUUUGACAUUAUUGAUCGUGAGGCAGAUGGCAGUGAUUCCUUGGAGGGUUUUGUUCUAUGCCAUUCUAUAGCUGGUGGUACUGGUUCCGGCAUGGGCUCAUAUAUUAUGGAACGGUUGUCUGAUCGUUUUCCUAAGAAGCUUAUACAAACCUACAGUGUUUUUCCCAAUCAAGAUGAGAUUAGUGAUGUUGUAGUUCAACCUUAUAAUUCAAUGUUGACUUUACGCAGAUUGACCAGUUGUGCCGAUUGUGUGGUUGUUUUGGAUAAUACAGCUUUAAAUCGUAUUGCUACCGAUCGCUUGCAUAUACAAAAUCCUAGUUUUUCACAAAUCAAUACUUUGGUCUCGACUAUAAUGUCGGUUAGCACUACCACAUUACGUUAUCCUUCGUAUAUGAAUAAUAAUUUGAUUGGUUUAACUGCGCCUUUAAUACCAACUCCUCAAUUGCAUUUCCUAAUGACUGGGUAUACACCUUUGACUACGGAUAAUGAUCAAACCGUUAAUGUACGCAAAACUACGGUACUCGAUGUUAUGCGUCGUUUGCUGCAACCGAAAAAUAUGAUGGUCUCCACAGGUCCCGACAAGACCAAUCAUCAUUGCUAUAUCUCUAUAUUGAAUAUAAUCCAGGGUGAAGUAGAUCCCACACAGGUGCACAAAUCUUUGCAGCGUAUACGUGAACGUAAGCUGGCACAAUUUAUACCCUGGGGACCGACUAGCAUACAAGUGGCUCUCUCACGUUCCUCUCCCUACGUACAGAGUAGUCAUCGUGUUUCGGGUCUUAUGUUGGCCAAUCACACCAGUAUUUGUUCUCUCUUCGAAAGGGCCCUUAGUCAAUAUGAUAAAUUGAAGAAACGUGGUGCCUUUUUGGAUCAAUUUCGCCGUGAGGAUAUUUUCAAGGAUGAUCUAUCCGAAUUGGAUGAUUCACGUGAUGUGGUGGACUGUUUAGUGCAGGAAUAUGAAGCUGCCACACAGCCCAAUUAUUUACAGUGGUCAGCUAAAAAAGGUCAUGAGGAAUAAUUUUUGAAAAUAGAGAGAGUGAUAUUGAAAUGAUAUUAACGUUCAAUUUUGUUUGUUUUUUUUACCAGUGACUAAAUUUAAUAUAAGUUUUUUUUAAUUGCCAUAUUUUUAACUCGAAUUUUUGCGUAUUUGUACGUUUUUUUUUUUUUUUGUACGUUCAUUUUUUUACAUAAAUAUGUAUUUAAUCAUUUGUUCAUUGUUGUUUUAGUGAUCUUUGCACAUGUUUGUAUUGUUCAAAUUAUUACAAAUAAACAAAAAAAAAAUUCACUUAAGACACUACUGUUAACAUGAAAUAAAAUUUCUUUGAAA